AUGUCAGAACAUGGCGAGGGAAUUCGUAGAAGAACCAAGAGUGUAACAAGGGCAGAGGAUAUUCAGGCAGAAGAACAGAAAAUCAGAAAAAAGCAGCCUGAUAAACCAUGUCACAAACCUAGAGAUUCUUUAUUUUCCUGGAACUCUGGUUUCAAUGACUUCACAGGUUUCAUAAAUUGGGCAUUUCUGCUGCUCUCUAUCGGAGGAUUAAGACUUUUCUUAGAAAAUUUUCUGAAGUAUGGAAUAAGAAUUGACCCACUCCAAUGGUUUUAUAUUCUCACAGGUCAAGAUGACUCAGGUGAUGAGCACCCGUCACUAGUUCUGAUAUUAUAUUCAUGUGUGCCUAUUGUUUUGUGCCUUCUAACAGAAAAAGGAUUGGCUGUGGAAAUUGUACCUAACAUGACUGGUAUGACCAUUCACAUUAUAAAUUUAUUGGUUCUGAUUUUGUUGCCAAUGGUUGUUAUACAUGUUAAAGAUGGUUUCAGUUUAGUUGGUGCUUCCUUUGUUACAACUUUAUACAGUGUUCUUUUCCUAAAAUUAUGGUCAUAUGUUCAAGUAAACAUGUGGUGCAGAAUGGCCAGACAAAAUGCCAAAGGAAAUCUCAGGAGACAAUCUUUGUCUUACAGCAAUUUAAAAUCAAAUAAAGUUAACCUACAUGAUGAUGAUUCAUCUACAGAAGACCUCAAAGAACAUAAGAAGCUCAUACAAUACCCUGACAAUUUGACUUUAAAGGAUCUUUACUAUUUUUUGUGUGUCCCAACUUUGUGCUAUGAAUUAAACUUCCCAAAAACAGAGAGAAUUCGUAAACGUUUCCUCAUCAAGAGAAUUUUUGAAGUACUAAUUGGAGUUCAAAUCAUAUUCUGUGUUAUCCAGCAAUAUAUGAUUCCCUCUGUCAAAAAUUCCCUGAUACCAUUCAGCAAUAUGGAUUAUACAUUAGCUACUGAAAGGCUUCUGAAAUUGGCUAUACCAAACCAUCUAGCCUGGCUCUGUAUGUUCUACAUUAUGUUCCAUUCCUGGUUGAAUCUUCUGGGAGAAAUCCUGCAUUUUGCAGACAGAAGUUUCUAUGGGGACUGGUGGAAUGCUAACAACAUUGACAGUUUCUGGCGCAACUGGAAUUUGCCGGUGCAUAGAUGGGCUCUCCGCCAUUUGUACUUGCCCAUGAUUGAAAUGGGAUACAGCAAAUCAGUCGGAAGUCUGGCGGUGUUCUUCAUCAGUGCAUUUUUCCAUGAAUAUAUGGUUAGUGUUCCUCUGAAAACUUACAAAAUAUGGGCCUUUAUGGGUAUGAUGGGCCAAGUUCCACUUUCAUACAUUUCUAAAUCUGUGGAACGUGCGUAUGGCCGAAGGUUCGGCAAUUUGGUGUUUUGGUCUUCUAUCAUUUUGGGCCAACCUUUGUGCAUCAUGAUGUACUACCAUGAUUACAUUGUGGUUAGGUAUGGUGAAUCUUUGUUGGAAGAUUAUGCACAUGUUUAA